AUGACUUUUGAACAAACAAAGACUUGGUUACGAGCUCUUGGAUGUACGCCCAAUAUUAUGGCUCGUAGAACUCCAAGAACCAACCCACCCGAGGACGUGACCGAUCACUAUUUAUUGCAAUUCCCACUUGAUGAGCUGAUCUGGGAUUUUUUGCGAUGCACCCACUCAGACGCAAGUGGUGUGCCUUUGUUCGUAUGCCAGGGUUGGGAUAGAUUUUUCAGGAUUCAGGAGACUGUGUAUCGGGAAUUUUUGCUAGAGUUUUAUGCUACAGUUUCCUAUGAUCCUAGGAAGACACCCGACAACAGGAUGACCUUCUCCUUUAGAACUGGUGGUGUGAUUUGGGAGUGCAGUGCGAUUGAGCUUGCCACUCGAGUUGGGAUAUAUACAGUAGACGAGAUGAGGAGUGUCCACUUCCCGGCAUUCCUUGCUGAUUGUCUCACGGGCCAGCUAGAUGACUACAAUCAAAACACUUUCUGA